GUUUUUGUAUCCGGUCUGCAGAGGGUGCAGUCGAUUUAUCGACCGUGAGCACGUCUCAAUCGUACAAGCGAAUCAGACGCACCCGUUCGUCGGAAAAUGCCCGUUUGCUUCCCCCGCCUCCGCCUCUCUUCCAGCUGGGGAGGGGACAUUAAACCAUCACAUGACCUCACUGGACUGGUUUAUAUAAAACCAGCCAGGGUGCUCCGAGGACACAUUUUUAUGAGAAUAAUCCCUCUGCAGAGACAUGCAAAGUCCUCCCAAGCCUCAGUUUGCCAGCUGGCUCAUAGAGCAGGUGGAGACGGGCCAGUACACGGGCCUGCGCUAUGUGGACCAAAACAAGUUCAGAGUCCCGUGGAAGCAUAACUCAAGAAAGGACUGCAAUGACGAAGACAGUAAAAUAUUCCGGGCAUGGGCAGUAGCAAGUGGUAAAAUCAACGAGUUCCCCAAUGACAAGGCCAGGUGGAAAACCAACUUCAGAUGCGCUCUGAACCAACUCUCUGUGCGCUUCAAGUUGAUACAGGACAAUUCCAAGAAUUCAGAUGACCCUCAUAAAAUUUAUGAGAUUAUGAACACUGACUAUAACUAUGAAAUUCUGCCAGCACAAGACACCCAGGGGUGUUCUGACAUGAUUCCGCAGAUCUACAGCUCUCCCAGAGAGUGUUUCCCCUCAGGAGCUGAGCACAAUCUUCUUAACAAUUUCAUGGCCUUGGAUCUUGGGAACCAUCCAUCAGAGGAGCAGUGGGCAGAGGAUUAUGUUCAGCACAAUCUAGCUGUCCCUGAAAGCUAUUCUGCAGCAGCUGAUAUCCACCCACAGCUGCUAUCAGAUCAGCCAUCUUGCUACGAGGCAAAUCCUCCUCAAGUCCUCAGUUCACCUCAGCAGCCAAGUAUAUAUGAUCUGGAGAUCUCCAUCCACUACAGGAAAAAAGAAAUGUUCAAGAUCACAGUGAACGCUCCCCGUGUCCAGCUCCACUACCAACACGAGGCCCCUGAGCUGAAUGCUUAUCACAUCUGCUUCCCCUCCACAGCUGGUCUGCUGGACCACAAACAGAUUGAUUACACCAACCGCAUCCUUAAGAGCAUCCAGAAAGGUCUACUCCUGGAGGUACGGGACACUGGUAUCUAUGCCUUGAGGCAGGACAGGUGCCAUGUGUUUGCUAGCACCUGUGACCCGAGUGUGGCUCACCCAGACCCAAGAAAGAUGCCCCAGAACACCACGGUGGAGCUCCUCAGCUUUGAGAAGUAUGUGCAUGAACUGAAACAGUUUAAAGAGAACAACGGUGGCUCUCCUGACUACACCAUCAACAUGUGCUUUGGAGAGAAGUUUCCCGAUGGAAAAGCUUUGGAGAAGAAACUUAUCGUAGUCAAGGUUGUCCCACUGAUCUGUCGACACUUUCAUGAGAUGGCCCACAUGGAGGGGGCUUCUUCUCUUCACAGCGCCAACAUCAGCCUGCAGAUCUCGCACAACAGCCUCUAUGAUCUCAUUAGCUCUGUCUUUGGUCUGCCACUGGCUGAGCUAGAGCCAGCACAGGCUGCUCUGCCUUUUCUGCCACCGAUGUGAAAUUUCAUCUUGCACCCACCUCUGUAUAGAACAUUGAUCUACCUACGGGACCUAUGAUGCACCACAUCCCAAUCUUUACAUAAAGCUUCGCUAAAAUCUUAGCAAAACUGGUGACCUGUUCAGUGCAUCACUACAGAAGCUCCAAGAGCCAAGUGAGGAAAAAAAUUUAUUUAUUUCUUUUUUUGUUUAGCCAAUUAAAACACAUUUCUAGCCAAAAGAAACAAAGCUAUGUGGAGUAGUAGUAGCACUUUAGCCUCUUGUGGCCAAAAUGUUACAAAAGCUAAAACCUGAUCCUGAGAAAAAAAAAAAAAAGGAGUCAUCUGCCAAAAACUUUUUCCACCUCUGUCACAGAUGAAGAAAAAUCAGGGACUUAGAGGCAUUAUCCUGGCAAAACCUUUUCACUCAUUCUUGAAUUCUAAAGGAAA